GAAGCCCAGAGUGACGUCAUAUCCGCCUGGCAAUGUCAAAGAAGAAGAGGGGACGCAGGGGGUGUGCCCUCUGGGGCAGCAGAGCUGUUGCUAUGAUCCUGAGCUCCCUUCUUAGACGGAUCUCUCAUUCCGUAUCCGUCUCCUGCGGCAGGACGGCGAUCUCCACCAGCCAAUCCAAUGGCGAGGACAGUUCCACGCGGAGCGCAGACUCUCCCGGCCUCGUGAGCGGCGAUCUCCCACAAAAUGGAGGCCCGGCCCCCGGAGGCUCUCAGAGUUCUUAUGGGCCGCAGAUCCCGCCUCCCCCCACCCACUGCUGUAUGAGCGGCUGCCAUAACUGCGUCUGGAUCGCCUACGCGGAGGAGCUGCUGGAACUCUACAAAGAUGGCGGCGAGAGAGCGCUGAGCACCUUGGAGGAGCACAUCGAGGACGAGAACAUUAAGAUGUUCAUCAGAAUGGAAAUACGGUUCAGGAUGAAGAACCAAGCUUCGUAA